AAUGAAUGUAAUGACUCGUGGAAGUAACCUAGAUGAAAUCAGCGAUGUUUACAGAAAUCGGAGAGGGCCGUCCAACACAUCCGAGGAAGCAUUUGGAAUCAGUCUCCUGAUACUUUCAGCCCCUGCUAGACCAACCUCAUCCACCCAACAAAAGCCAGACCUCUUGAUAAGUCUAAAAAGAAUAAUAGUUUGGUUGCUCGCGUGUUGGCUAUGAGGCUCAGCGAUUGAUCGUGUGGUACUUAGGCUAACGGUUUUUGGGACUAUAACAACUGUAAACGGAGUAUCUCUCUGAUAUAUUUGAUUGCUCAAAUAACUACACCAAAUGUAGGCUACAUGUUCUCUUGCAGCGUCAGAACAAGUAUAAGAUGGUUAAGUGCGUUAAGGCUUUUACAUAGUUUAUAAGUACAGGGCACAUAAGCUGUGCGGACCGACAGUCCGCGGUCGUUUGCUCUUUCAUCGUCCACUCGUACCACCCGCAUAUCCAAGCCCUACAUUUCCCACAAUCUUUGCGCGUCGUUUUCUCUUUCUGCCGGAAGUUACAGACUCUAAACAACAUGGCCUCGUCCUUCCCCAUCGUUGUGCUUAUUUCUCUUCAUGAAUUGUUGUUCUUCUGAAAAUCUUUAUAAUCCCGUUGGGAUGAAUCGCACAGGUGCCUGUACCUUCUCACCUCUUCAGCCAGUCUUUCUUCAGAUGUCGACUCCAUGUCUGUUUUGUGUACUCCGCAUCACCACGUGUUUCCGGUGCCACAUGAAAUGCAUGUCGAUGUGAAACAGUUUCAUACCGAGCCAUGAUUUGUGUGACACCGGUACGCGUACGCUAGGUACGCGCGGUGACAAAAAUUGAGCUUCGCGCGGACAUGCCAAUGCGGACGUACGCUGAGGUCCGCUAUUUCGUCAUUUUGUCUGCGCGGACCCCAGCGGAGUCCGGUCGGUGAAUGCUACGUCUGGACCAUGAAUUGGCCUUAAGUGUGGGCUAAUAUUGUUCUCUGAGAUCGGUCCUCAGAAACGCUAAAGAAGACUGAUCUUUUCACUGAUGACAUUUGAUAGGUUUAAGCCUGUUUGUUAAUAAGUAAAGCCCAAUAACGAGUAUUGCUAAUUUUCAAAGCACGCGUUCAAAUAUAAUCCAUCAAAUAGGACACACCUAGGCUAAAUGUGAAUGAAGGGAAUGCCUGCUGCCACGGGUGCAAUGUGGGGCUUCUAUGACGUCAUAACAACACAGAGGUGUCGAUAAAUUCCAUUUGUCGGGCAGGAAACGAUGGCUUUGUUACGUCAUAUCGCUGAGAUCGCUAUAAAAUGCACUUCUUUCCGAUGAUAUACAUUAUUAUGAAUACUGGAACCCCGUUUGUUCUGUGAAAUUUACUGUUUCAGUGCGUAACUGCAUUUGACUCGACCUGUUUUGAGGUGGCCUGUCAGUAGAUUUCAGAAAAAUGCCAAGGCAGAGGAGCAACAAGAAGGGCAUAUGGAAAUGCCUGUCAUGUCUGUGUUGCAUUCAGUGCAACAAUUAUGAUGAUGUGUCUUCCACAGUCGCCACUCAGGUGGACAGUACCCUCGGGGUUCCAGCUACAGACAAUUCCAACCAGGUGGACGAGACCCUCAUUCCAAUAAAGGACAGUUCCACACAGGUGGAUGAGAACCUUAUCCCCACUAAGAACAAUUCAACCCAGGUGGACACAGACCUUGUUCCCACUCGGUAUUGUUCCACCCAGGUGGAUAACGCCCUCAUUCCGACUAGGGAUAAUUUUACCCAGGUGGAUGGGACCCUCAUCUCCUUCAUGGAUACUGCCACUCAAAUGGAGGAAACUUGUUGCACGGCUAUGUGUAAAACCAUCUUAGAGCUGAGUGAGAGGAUAGAGGACCUCAUUGCAGAAAGGGAUCAACAGGUUCAGCUUGAAUGUGAGCAGAAACUCCAAGAGCAGCAGGAGGAAUUCGAUAAGGAGUUGGCUUUCCUGGCAAGAGAGAACCAGGUUCUUGCUGCGGAGAAGGAGAAGCUGCAGCUGGAGCACAAGAAAUCUGUGUCAGAGCUGAAGGAGAAGCAUGCCCAAGAAAAAGGCAAAUUAACCGAGGUUAUCAGGAUUGAGAGGCUGAAGGUGGUGUUUGAGAGGUCCCAUGCUCUGGAGAAGAUGAAGGAAAGCUAUAGACAGCAGUUGCUUGCUUUUGAAGAAAGCAGAAGGCAAGAAGUCCAGGAUGUCACUAGCAGAUAUGAGGAACGCCUACAGGAGACUCUACACCAGCUUGCAGAGGUACACAAACUGGAGGAAACUGCUAAGACCCUGAGCAUCCAGGUGGACACUCUGCAGCAGUUAACAGGUGAGAUCCAGUCACUGCAGGAGGAGAAUGUGUGUCUGCGGAGGAAGGCACUGUCGGCAGAAUGCACUGGGAUGGUCCGACAAAACGCGCCCAGGAACCGAUUCAGGAACCGGUCUAUAGCCAGGCAUCGGACCAGGAUCAAACACCGUGCCACGUCCCAAGAUCAGACAGCCCCAACUGGUCAAGAAUACCUCAGCCUGCAGCAUCUACAGACAUGACAGGUAUUUCCAUGGUAGUGGUGAGUCCUCAUUUCAAGUGUGCAUCCUUCCUAAAGUGUUGUGGAUUCCUGUGUGAUGAGCUUACCAUCGGG